UCGAGGGCUGUCCUCCCCUGUCCAUCGGACAAGUUCGCUUGCCUCUGCCCCCAGUAGCGGAAGCCAGACGCGGUAGCGGCGACUUUAAAAAUCUCCAAAUACCCUUGAGGCGGCGCCUGUUGGGAGGACACGUAGUCGCCCGCAGAACUGCUGUCAAUUUUCAUGUCAAGGUGGUCCGAAGAACAAUCAAAACAAACACGCACUUUGUCUUCAUCCACCGGCUAAAAAGACAGAGUGCAUGAUGUCUGUCUCCAAGCGAGAGCUAUCACUGCCUGGGGAGGAGCCUGAUACGGACUCGUACCCCAUGCAGUCAUUAGAGCAUACCUGGAUCGCAGUCGAGCCUCCGCUUCCUGCAAGAGGUGCACCGGAACCAGAAAGCAGCGGUCCGCUAGAUUCGCACCCUCCGUCGUUCGAGUCAGCGCAGUAUGAUAUUGUGCUCCGCAGGCAACGUCAACGUCCAAGCACAGGAGGCGGUGUGAAAUGCUCUGCGGCACCGUCGCGCUUCAUAAAUCUCCCGAGCCCCUUCGAGUUUUCCGGCUGGGGAACGAUGUCCCGCUUGGAGCUAGGGCGCGACGAGCUAACACGCGGCGAGGAGGACGUGCAGCGGGCGCGGGGGGCUGCGUCCCUGGGCCAAUUCACCGCGAGUGCAAUCGCCGGAAAUGCGGUGCUCGGCAGCGUCUUUUAUGCUCUGCCAGCCGUCGCGUCAGUUUCUGGGGUCUACUCGCCCAUCUCCCUCUCCGCGGCCGGCUGCGUUCUGUUUUUGUGGCGCCCCAUUAUGGAAGAACUCGCGUCGGCAUUACCAAUUAGCGGAGCCCCUUACACAUACCUGCUCAACGUCUCGUCGAAGACCCUGGCCCUAAUCGGGGCCGCCCUUUUACUCCUGGACUUCUCUGCCACCGCGGUUGUCUCAGCGGCGACUGCAAUGUCAUACCUCGGCGGUGAAGUCACACUGCCAUUCUCGAUGGUGUGCGAAGAUGGCAUUCGCGAUUAUGAUGCACCACGCAAGUUCCUUUUGAAAUAUCGCUGCUCGGUCAUCUCGGCUGACGAAACCCUUUCCCGGGGCAAUACGCAGAUCCGCACGAACUGGGUCCAUGGCACCGAGGACCUCACUGCCGCCACGACCGCCCGAGCAAUCUUCGACGGCAUCUGCCUAGGUGUUCUUGGACUGACAGGCUUCGAAUGCGUGCCCUCGUACGUCUCCAGCAUCAAGCCUGGCAAGUUUCCACAGGUUCUCCGGAACUUGCAUUACCCGGCAUUACUCCUCAAUUCUUUAGCCAUGCUCUUUGUUCUGGCACACGUGCCACUGGGCACUAUUGUCGGCCAGGGAAACAUACUCAGUGUGCUUGCGCAAACAGUCGCGGGCAAGUGGCUCCGCACAUGGGUCGUCGUAGACGCGGUGAUUGUUCUCUGCGGCGGGGUGCUCACAGGCAUCCUUGGCGCAUGUGAACUGUUCGAGCGCCUUGCGCGCGACCGCUUCUUGCCCCGCCUCUUCACCUUCCGGCUGCCAGGCACUGGCUCGCCGGCGUGCUCCGUCGCCGCCUUCGUCGCGUUCAGCUGCGUGCUGUACGCCUCGUCGGGCGCGCGCCUGGAUGUCAUGUCAAAGAUGUUCUCGCUCGUCUGGCUGACAGUCAUGGCCCUGUUUCCCCUUUCGGUCCUGCUGUUGAAGUUCAGCCGCGGCCGCCUGACGAGGACGCCCCGGACGCCGCUCUUCCUCGCGCCGCUCACCCUCGCGGUCGCGGCCGCGAUCAUCGGCGGCAAUAUCGCCGUCGACCCCUCCAUCGUCGGCUAUGCUGCGGCGUACUUCCUCGCGCUCGCCGCGGCGUUCCAGCUCACGAUGAAAAAGGUCCGCGUGCUGCACGGCCUGCUGUGGGCGUACGAUCAGUACCGUGUCCUGACGCGGCAUGCCUGGACGCGGACGUGCGGCGAGAACCUGGCCGCGGCCGUGAGCCAUCUCCGGAAGCAGCCCGUGUGUGUCCUCGUGAAGACGGAUGAGAUCAACGUUCUCAUCCACUCGCUUCUCUAUGUCAGUCAGAACGAGGAGACCUCAUGCUUGAAGCUCGUCCAUUUCUACGACGACGAGAUCGGCGUACCCUCGGAGAUGGAAGCCAACUGGAAGAUCCUCGACGAAGCGUUCCCAGAGAUUACCGUCGACCUGAUCUUGGUCCGAGAGACCUUCACGCCUUCGAACGUCGCUGCGCUCGCACACCGACUCGAGAUACCCACGACGUUGAUGUUCAUGUCUUGUCCAGGCCGCGACUUCCCUUUCGGCAUCGCUGAGCUUGGCACCCGCAUCAUCAGCCUGUAGAUGCGUCAGCGGAGCGCGCUGGGAUAUUGACUCACAAUCUUUCAGACAUCUCUCACGUCGCAUAGGUUUGCGUGGCGGCAGGCAUUGCGAGUGGAGACGCACCGCAAGUUGUUGUAUUAUAGCACAACGCCAGAAUGGCGCCCAAUGACAUGGAUGAUAUGGUACAUAGCCACCCCCAGACGCAGUUGCCCCAAGCCCGACGGUUGCUGAGAUUACCCUGAUCGUCUUUUUCCAGGAACCGUGUCUGAAUCAACAUUUAACCUAGACGGCAGUGUCCAUGGUGCCUGCGCGCAAGACGUCAAGGACAUCUUGAGUCGUGACACGCAUGCACGGAAUGCACGCCGACUUAUCGUGGCGGUGGCACGUAAGUUGAGUGUACCGACGCAGGACCCUUGUUGGACAGUGCCCCCACACCUUCGCAGACGUUCAUACACGCCACAGAGGUGGCAAGGCCUGUGCUCCGUGUAUCACGGCCGACGCUGGUGAUAUCUUGGCGACGUGAAAGGUCACACAGCCUUCGGGAUGAUGUGGUGUCGCAAGUUACAGCCAUGGACGGGCAUUUCCUGAGACCACUGAACACAUGGUGAACCUUGCAAUAUCGACAGCGGUGGGGCAACGAAGGUCUCCGCGACCAACGCGACGAGUGGCGACGGGCAGC